AUGUCAUCCAGGCGGGCCCUACCCUGUCUCCAACCAGUCACUGCUCAUACUCCAAAGGCAAACGAGGGAUCCAUGUCAAAAAACUUCGUCGUGACAGUCUUGUGCCUUCUGGCCAGCAGCGCGCAGCUGACAAAGGUGGAGAGCAGGGGCUGUUGUACGCAAGCCGCGCUACCUCGUUUCAAGCUACCCUUUGACGGGUCUCUUCCCGUCUCCUCCUUCGUCCGACAAAGACCUUCUUUAGAAGCGCAACAGUGGCAAAUCACAGAACCAGAUACGUUCGACACUAGCGGAGGACACGAAACUUUGCUACCUCCGCCAACGAGCAAAGAGCAAGCAAAGGCGUCGGAUGAAAAGGAGAAAAAGGAAAAGGUGAAACAGCUGCCCUCCUUUUACCACGAGGAUGUGGACCAUCAAGGCGAGAAACUUUUGGAGCUGCAAAGAGACCCUGCUGGUACUGAAGAGCAUUGA